AUGUUUGCUAUACGUUCAGGAUGGUGCGUAUCAUGUAUGCGUCGUGCUCCAUGCUAGGGUUCUUCCGCCGGUAUGUCAUCACGGGACAAGGUGGACAAAGCUGGAGAUUUUGGAUGAAGGAUAAUGAGAAUGGUACGUGCCAGAAUGACGCUACGUACCAGGUCACCGCAGAGUAACUUAGCUAGCGUGGUAGGGUGUAUGCGCAUUCGUCGCACCUGGCCUGCUUAUUACAGUGUCAAGCCAUAUGCGCCUAUUCUCGCAGAAGACCCGACGUUUCUCAUGGACUUUACAUAUGUGCGUGGACUUAUAUGGCAUCUUCAUCUCAUAUAAAGGUCUUCGAAACCUCAGAUAUCAUAAUACGAUUGAAUACUUAGUAGAGCGUCGCUCCGCCAGAGCUCGCAGCCUGGUUGGGACCCCAAAUGCACAUCGCUGUGUAUAUGCCCUGCUACUGCGCAUAGUAUGGGAAACCACUGGGUGACUAUUCGUAGGGAUCUAGGCACCUUGAGCCUACCCCAUGCGCAUAUACCCAGGGCUCGUUUGGCUAUGAAAACCUCUCCCACAAAGCUGCCGAAGCUCGUCUGUGUUUGAG